CUGAAAAUAAAAAUAAGUGUCAUAGAAACGUCAAAAACUGUUGAAAAAUACUUUUUAAGCUGCUUUUUAAUGUAAAACGUCAAAGUUGUUUUCACUGUAAGCAGUAUUGGAUAAUAAAGAAAUGUCAACGAAAAAUGAAGAAGAUAACAGUGCAGAGCCGGAAAACAAUGACGAUCAUUAUUUGGAAUUGUCUCCAGAACCUGUUAAAUUCGAACCCGUUAAUGAUGUUACGAAAAUUUAUUUCGAUGAUUCUAAGCAACAGGUGUUUGCCAUCAGAUCUGGUGGUGUUACAGGUGUGCUUGUCAAGGGACCAGAGCACAACAUUAAUUUCAGAAUGGAAGACAAGGGCUCAGUCAUAUCCAUUAAAUUUUCACCAGAUAUGAAUAUUCUUGCUAUACAGCGUGUCGUCACAUCUGUUGAGUUCAUGAAUUUCAAUGGAAAUAAUUCAUUGGACGGUGUCGAGUAUUCCCAACCAUGUAAAGGAAAAAACGCUACUAUUCUGGGUUUUGUCUGGACACAUGGCAAUGAAAUUCUUUUUGUUACUGAUCAUGGUGUUGAACUUUAUCAAGUCAUUCCUGACAAACGUUCGCUCAAGGUGUUGAAAUCCUUAUGUUUACAAGUAAAUUGGUUUAUAUUCUGUCCACAAAGCUAUUUGGUUUUACUUUCAUCAGGAACAUUAGGAAAUCAGAUGCAAACGUUGUACGUUACUCCAGGAAAUUUGCAUAAAAUAACAAAAUUUGAAAUGGAUACAAUCUCACCAAAACCUGGAAAGUUAGCGGUUUUAGAAAGAGACGUGGCACUAGCUGUUUUGUAUGGUAUUCCUUGUAUUAUAGUUCUAAGACACCAGCCUGGUGACAAUUUUCGUUCUGGCUCUGCAUUUGUCUAUGUAUACACAGUUCACAAGAUGGUGACCAUCCGAAAAAGUCACAUACUUAAACUGGAUAUGAGCGGUCGAUUUGCCAUCAAUAUUGUAGAUAAUCUAAUAAUUGUUCACCAUCAGGCUUCAAAAGUAUCGAUGAUAUUUGAUAUUAUGCUGCCUGGCGUCAGCGAUGGCACUGUGAUUCACCAUUCGCAAAUUGUAUUACCAAAAUCAAUAAAGCCAUGUAGCAUAAGGGUUCCUGGUCCAAACAUAUCAGAAUACGUCAACCAGCCCUGCCAAUUAUAUUCUCCUGAUUGGGUCGUCUUCCAACCAAACGUUGUAAUUGACGCGGAAUUGGGGUGUUUAUGGUACGUCGGACUGAAGUUGGAAAAAAUAGUAAAAUUAAUCAGUGAAAAAGUUUUGCUAGUUGAAUUUUUGAUGCAACGCAAGAACAGCAAACAAAUUUUAAUUCAAGCGAUCAAAGAUUUCGUGACGCAGAUGCCAGUGGUAUUGAAGGAUUUGCCAGCAGUUUUUGACAAACUAAAUACCGCAUACAGGAUUCAUUUGGAAAACGAGAUCCAAAGUGUCAUGGGAACCCCGUUGCAGAGUAACGCCAAAGAUACCACAGUUUCUGAUGUCAAAUUUAAGACCUUCCUGGAUCAAAGUGACAUGUACAGCCACAUACUGUCCAAGUUUUCAGAAGGCUCACUCGACUCCAAAAUGGCAAUCUGGGUUCUUCUUGAAUACAUAAGAUCCCUAACAGAGUACGGAAUCCCAGUGCAGCACUACCUUCACGAGUUACUCAUCACGACAUUGGUGCAAAAGCAAGCCUACUACCAACUUCAUCAGCUGUUGCAGUAUCAUGUGGUCUCUGACUCGAAACCUCUAGCCUGUCUGCUACUCUCUCUGGAAAACCAUUACCCAGCAGCUCAUCAGUUGGCCCUGGACAUGCUCCGGCGUCUAGGCAAUGCUCACGAGGAGAUAAUCGAAGUGCUGCUGUCCAAGGGCCACAUCCUGUCUGCGUUGCGUUACGUGCGCAGUAUCGGCAAAACCGAUCAGAUGUGCGCUCGAAAAUUCCUCGAGGCCGCCAAAGCUAGCGCCGAUCCCAUACUCUUUCACUCGGUUUACAAGUUCUUCGAACAAAGAAACGUCAGAUUGCACAACACUACGAGCUUUGCUAAAGGGGAAAGGUGUCAACCGUACGUCCAGUACUUUAAAUCUCUGUUCCAGACGACGACGGACGCUAUGAGCACCUCCAACUCUGACUCGAAUUCCAAUCUGUCGAAUAUCUCGACAUAG